UUUGUCCUCACCAUGCCAAGGAGUGUUAACGAUGUGUUCCUUCUCCGUUGCAUUCCCCACCUGUCAUCUUGCUAGGAUCUAACUACAGAAUGAACAUAGCAGCUGUGUUUAAUGCCCUGCUCGUGUCUGUCCUCGCUGCUGUGCUGUGGAAAUACAUCAAACUGCGAGAGCAUGUCUUCAUGGUCGAAGAGGAGCUGGUCCUCACACGUCAGUCUCAGGAACUCUCUCAGGCUCAGAUUGACUACCAUGCAGCUCUCCAGGCACUGGUGGAGGACGGUACCAGGAUGGUGUGCACCGGCAGGAUGCACACCGACCGCAUCUGCCGCUUUGAGUCCCUCUGCUACUCUACCGAGGCUGAGGAGUUUGUCUACUUCCACAGCAACUCCUCAGUCAUGCUGCCCAACCUGGGCUCCCGGAGGUUCCAGCCGGCUCUGCUCGACCUCUCCUCAGUGGAAGAUCACAACACCCAAUACUUCAACUUUGUGGAGCUGCCAGCCACUGCGCUGAAAUUUAUGCCAAAGCCAGUCUUUGUGCCUGAUGUGGCGCUGAUCGCUAACAGGUUCAAUCCAGACAACCUGAUGCAUGUCUUUCAUGAUGACCUCCUCCCCAUUUAUUACACCAUGCAGCAGUUCUCUGAUUUAGAUCUGGAGGCACGGCUCUUCUUCAUGGAAGGGUGGAGUGAGGGUGUUCACUUUGACCUCUACAAGUUACUGAGUAACAAGCAGCCGCUUCUCAGGGAGCAGCUUAAAACCCUGGGCAGGCUCCUCUGCUUUACCAAAUCGUAUGUGGGACUGUCCAAAAUCACCACCUGGUACCAGUACGGAUUUGUCCAGCCACAAGGGCCAAAGGCUAACAUCUUGGUUUCUGGUAACGAGAUCAGGCAGUUCACCAAAUUCAUGACGCAGAAACUGAACGUCAGCUUGGAGGAAAGCUCCACUGAGGAGUACAUCGUAGUGUUCAGUCGAACAAUCAACAGACUUAUCCUAAAUGAGGCAGAACUAAUCCUGGCUCUUGCUCAGGAGUUUCAGAUGAAAACCAUUACCGUCUCUCUGGAGGAGCAUUCAUUUUCUGACAUCGUCCGGUUGAUCAGCAAUGCGUCCAUGCUGGUCAGCAUGCAUGGGGCCCAAUUAGUCAUGUCUCUCUUCCUGCCAAGAGGUGCCACAGUGGUGGAGCUCUUCCCUUAUGCUAUCAACCCUGAACACUAUACCCCUUACAAAACCCUGGCAACCCUUCCUGGCAUGGACCUGCAGUAUAUUGCCUGGCAGAACACCGACAGGGAAGAUACCGUUACCUACCCGGACAGACCUUGGGAUCAGGGCGGGAUUGCUCAUCUGGACAAAGCUGAGCAAGAGCGCAUCAUUAAGAGCACGGAGGUGCCGCGGCACCUCUGCUGCCGCAAUCCCGAGUGGCUGUUCCGUGCCUACCAGGACACGAAGGUGAACAUCCCUUCUCUCAUCCAGGUGAUCAGGCAGACUGUGAAGUCUAAGCCUGGACCCAAGAAGCAGAAGUGGUCUGGUAGUCUCUACCCUGGCAAAGUGAGGGCUGCCCAGUGUCAAGCCUCUGUUCAAGGCACGAGCGAAGCUAAACUUGCCGUGUCCUGGCAGAUCCCCUGGAACCUGAAGUAUCUCAAGGUCAGAGAAGUGAAAUAUGAAGUGUGGAUACAAGAGCAAGGGGAAAACACUUACAUGCCUUAUAUAUUGUCCCAUCAGAAUCACACCUUCUCAGAAAACAUUAAGCCCUUCACAAUAUACCUGGUAUGGAUACGCUGCAUCUUCAACAAAAAUCUCCUGGGACCUUUUGCAGAUGUGCUCUUGUGUAGUACAUAACCUGCUGCCGCUACCUGUACAGCUCUGCCCUGCUCUCCACUCCAUCUGUGGUUUAAAACUUCUUGUCUUGUAGUUUGUAGAGGGCUGAAGAGGACUAGACUGUACCAGUGCCUAAGUGUCCAUUUUACUGCACUCCGUGUG